GGACUCGAGCUGGAAGAGGACAGCGCCAUUCCGUCCGGCAGUUCCCUCCGUUCCUUCUCCCUUCCCCGCAGUGGCCCUAGAGCGCCAGCAAAGGAGCGCGCGCGCGCGCCCGUGCCGCGGCCCUGCUAGCUCGCGCCCUCCUGCGUCUCCAAGUCCGCUGCCCGCUCAGGGACCUGGUAGCAGCGGACCGGCACCGCUGAGGGCGCGCAGAACGGAGUUGUGAAGUCGCAGCCGUGGCCCUCGCUGUCCGUGCCUCCCCGCCAGCCCGAGGUGCCCGCGCACGCCAGCCGCCAUCACCUUCGCGCCUGGCUGGCGGGGGCGCUGUCCUCCCCCGCCGUCCCCGCUGCUCUUUGGAGCUCGGCAGAGCGUGGCAGCCGGGGCCCGCGGAGGCUUGAGGAGCCGGACGCAGCUGCUUGUGUCGCCGCCAGCGCAGCGGGGGCCAUGACCGUGGAGCAGAAUGUGCUGCAGCAGAGCGCGGCACAGAAGAGAGAGAGGAAGGGAGAGAGAGAGAGACAUCGAUGUGAGAGAGAGACAUCAGUUGAUUGCUUCCCUUACUACACGCCCCAACCAGGGAUCGAACUCACAACCUAGUCCUGCUGAGAGCCUGUCACAUGCCAGACACUGUACCACUUACCAGGGAUGCAUCAGUGAGCGAAACAGUCUGUGCUCUCUUUGGAAUUAUUGCCUGCACCAGCAGACGUUUUUAAAUCAGCUGAGAGAAAUUACUGGGAUUAAUGACACCCAGAUACUACAGCAAGCCUUGAAGGACAGUAAUGGCAACUUGGAACUGGCAGUGGCGUUCCUCACCGCAAAGAAUGCCAAGACGCCCCAGGGGGAGGAGACGACUUACUACCAAACUGCGCUUCCCGGCAACGACAGGUACAUCAGUGUGGGAAGCCAAGCAGACACAAGAAAAAAACAGUAUUUGCCCACCAGAACGAGAUGUGCCACAAUUGAGCAAUCAAAGUAUGGAUCAAAAGAUAAGAGAGAUUUAGAUGUGAUUGAUCUCACUGGAGAUGAUAAAGAUGAUCUUCAGAGAGCAAUUGCCUUGAGUUUGGCGGAAUCAAACAGGGCAUUCAGGGAGACUGGAAUAACUGAUGAGGAGCAAGCCAUUAGCAGAGUUCUUGAAGCCAGCAUAGCAGAAAACAAAGCAUGCUUAAAGAAGACACCUACAGAAGUUUGGAGGGAUUCUCGAAACCCUUACGACAGGAAAAGGCAAGACAAAGCUCCUGUUGGACUGAAGAAUGUUGGCAACACUUGCUGGUUUAGUGCAGUCAUUCAGUCAUUAUUCAAUCUUUUGGAAUUUAGAAGAUUAGUUCUGAAUUAUAAGCCUCCAUCAAAUGCUCAAGAUUUACCUCGAAAUCAAAAGGAGCAUCGGAAUUUGCCUUUUAUGCGUGAACUGAGAUACCUGUUUGCACUUCUUGUGGGUACUAAAAGGAAAUAUGUUGAUCCAUCAAGAGCAGUUGAAAUUCUUAAGGAUGCUUUCAAAUCAAACGACUCCCAGCAGCAAGAUGUGAGUGAGUUUACACACAAAUUAUUAGACUGGUUAGAAGAUGCCUUCCAAAUGAAAGCUGAAGAAGAGACGGACGAAGAGAAGCCAAAGAACCCCAUGGUGGAGUUAUUCUAUGGAAGAUUCCUAGCCGUGGGAGUACUUGAAGGUAAAAAAUUUGAAAAUACUGAAAUGUUUGGUCAGUACCCACUUCAGGUCAAUGGAUUCAAAGAUCUACAUGAGUGCCUAGAAGCUGCUAUGAUUGAAGGAGAAAUUGAAUCUUUACAUUCAGAGAAUUCAGGAAAAUCAGGCCAAGAGCACUGGUUUACUGAACUACCACCUGUGUUAACAUUUGAAUUGUCAAGAUUUGAAUUUAACCAGGCAUUGGGAAGACCAGAAAAAAUUCACAACAAAUUAGAAUUUCCUCAAGUUUUAUAUCUGGACAGAUAUAUGCACAGAAACAGAGAAAUAACAAGAAUUAAGAGAGAAGAGAUCAAGAGACUGAAAGAUUACCUUACAGUGUUACAACAAAGACUAGAAAGAUAUUUAAGCUAUGGUUCAGGUCCCAAACGAUUCCCAUUGGUAGAUGUCCUACAGUACGCGUUGGAAUUUGCCUCAAGUAAACCUGUCUGCACUUCUCCCGUUGAAGAUAUUGAUGCUAGUUCCCCACCUAGUGGUUCCAUCCCAUCACAGACGUUACCAAGCACAACAGAACAACAGGGAGCUCCGUCUUCAGAAUUGCCAAGCACAUCCCCUGCAUCAGUAGGUGCCAUGUCAUCGAGACUGGUAAUUCACAAACCAUUCACUCAGUCCCGGAUACCUCCAGACUUGCCCAUGCAUCCAGCACCGAGGCACAUUACGGAAGAAGAACUUUCUGUGCUAGAAAGCUGUUUACAUCGCUGGAGGACAGAAAUAGAGAAUGACACCAGAGAUUUGCAGGAAAGCAUAUCCAGAAUCCAUCGAACAAUUGAACUAAUGUACUCUGACAAAUCUAUGAUCCAAGUUCCUUAUCGCUUACAUGCCGUUUUGGUCCAUGAAGGCCAAGCGAAUGCUGGGCACUACUGGGCAUACAUCUUUGAUCACCGUGAAAAUAGGUGGAUGAAGUACAACGAUAUUGCUGUGACAAAAUCAUCAUGGGAAGAGCUAGUGAGGGACUCCUUUGGUGGUUAUAGAAAUGCCAGCGCGUACUGUUUAAUGUACAUAAAUGAUAAGGCACAGUUCUUAAUACAAGAGGAGUUUAAUAAAGAAACUGGGCAGGCCCUUGUUGGAAUAGAAACAUUACCGCCAGAUUUAAGAGAUUUUGUUGAAGAAGACAACCAGCGAUUUGAAAAAGAACUGGAGGAGUGGGAUACACAACUUGCCCAGAAGGCUUUGCAGGAAAAACUCUUAGCAUCUCAGAAACUGAGGGAGUCGGAGCCUUCUGUAACAACAGGACAAGCGGGAGAACCAGAAUAUCUAGAGCAGCCAUCAAGAAGUGACUUCUCAAAGCACUUAAAAGAAGAAACUAUUCAAGUAAUUACCAAGGCAUCACAUGAUCAUGAAGAUAAAAGCCCUGAAACAGUUUUGCAGUCGAAACCUGAAGGUACUACAAGCCAACCACCUUCUAACCAGCAAGUUGUAGAGGUGGCGAUUCCCCACGUAGGGAAAUUUGUGAUUGAGUCAAAGGAGGGGGGUUAUGAUGAUGAGAUCAUGAUGACGCCGAACAUGCAAGGUAUUAUCAUGGCGAUAGGUAAAUCCAGAAGUGUGUAUGACAGGUGUGGCCCUGAAGCAGGGUUCUUUAAGGCAAUUAAGCUGGAGUAUUCGAGAUUGGUUAGACUGGCCCAAGAAGACACCCCACCAGAGACAGACCACCGCCUGCAUCACGUCGUGGUCUACUUCAUCCAGAACCAGGCUCCGAAGAAAAUCAUUGAGAAGACAUUGCUAGAACAAUUUGCAGACAGAAAUUUGAGCUUCGAUGAAAGGUGUCACAACAUAAUGAAAGUGGCUCAAGCCAAACUUGAAAUGAUUAAACCUGAAGAAGUAAAUUUGGAGGAAUAUGAGGAUUGGCAUCAGGAUUAUAGGAAAUUCAGGGAAACAACCAUGUAUCUCAUAAAUGGGCUGGAAAAUUUUCAGAAAGAAAGUUAUAUAGAUUCCUUGCUGUUCCUUAUUUGUGCUCAUCAGAAUAACAAAGAACUCUUGUCCAAAGGCCCAUACAGAGGACAUGAUGAAGAGUUGAUAUCACAUUAUAGAAGAGAAUGUUUACUAAAAUUAAAUGAGCAAGCAGCAGAAAUGUUUGAAUCUGGAGAGGACUGCGAAGUAAACAAUGGUCUGAUUAUUAUGAAUGAGUUUAUUGUCCCAUUUUUGCCCAUGUUACUGAUGGAUGAAAUGGAAGAGAAAGAUAUACUUGCUGUGGAAGAUAUGAGAAACCGAUGGUGUUCUUAUCUUGGACAAGAAAUGGAAUCAAACCUCCAAGAGAAGCUGACAGAUUUCCUGCCCAAACUGCUCGAUUGUUCAACAGAGAUUAAAGGUUUCCAGGAGCCACCGAAGAUACCUCCCUAUUCCACGCACGAACUGUGUGAGCGGUUUGCCCAAACCAUGUUGUCCCUCAGUCGAACUCCUGCUGAUGGAAGAUGAACAGCACACUCUUCCCACACUGUAUAAACGUUUUUUUAGUUUUAACCCUUGCCUUCCUGUCACAGGAAUUGCUUGUUGCUGCUAUCAUUUUUAACAUUUUUUUUUUAAUGACUGCAAAAUACAAAAUAACUAUAUGAUUUUUAGCUGGACUGCAAACAAUAAACCUGAGAAUCGCAUGGCGCUCGGACUGUGUUUUAACCAGCACUCAUGUGUAAUUACAAAUCUGAGUGAUUUCAUUGUGGCGAAACCAUGUUUUUGCCACUUUUAUGUUACAGUAUUAUUUUGCUUUUAUCUUUAUCUACAGCUUUCUUUUAGUCUGGAUCCUUCCAUGACUACAGCCAUUUAAGUGUUCAGCACUGUAUAUGAUACAUCAUAUUUGGUAGCUUGUAAAUGGAAUUAAAGAAUAAAGUUUUAUUUAUGGCUACCUAUUUGUUUGUUAGCAGGUAUAUUGUAUAUCAGUGUAUUAUUUUAGCUAUAAUAUAUAAAUGAAUUUUGGGGGCUAUGAUUGGGUGAUGAAUAGAUUAAUACAAACUUUUGAUUUUGCUCUAAUGUUAGCACAUUGGAUAUUUACUAAAUAUUUGACACUUAAAUAUAUAUAUUUUUGACUGUUGUUAAACUUAACAUGGCACCUAAACCUGUUUUGAAUUCAAAUCAGGGUUUCACUAAUGUGAGUGGCUAAGCCAACCACACUGAAACUUUUAACCUUUUCUUAGAUUAAACUUGUAUUUUCUUAUGUAUUUACAAAUAGCAUAGCAAGGUGAUUAUUUCAAGAGGUACCAGAAGAAAACAACACUUGAAUAAGGGCUAUUUAAUAGUGAAACUUGUAAGAAAUAUGUAUAUGUAUAUAUACACGUGACACCCACACAUGCACACACAUGUCCUCCACAGUGGAGGGCAGUGUUCUGCAUCAUAUAACCAUUCUAUUUUUGUAAACUGUAUGCCACUUGAAUCGAAAAUGUUCUCUGCUAAUCAGUGCUGUGAAAUGAGGUUGAUAUUGUUUACCUAGAAUUUAUGAGUAUCGUACCUGCUAUUAUUUACCUCCUUUUCAAAAAGGAAAAAGCUGUAGAACAUUUUAUAGAUGGAACUUCUGUUUAAGAUUGAUGAAAUAAUAUUGUGAAUGAAAAUCAGUGCUUUAAAGGUAAUCAUAUUACCAACCACCUAUUUUUGAAUUUAUAAAAAUUUCUUUAUAAACAAUACUUUGUUAGCAUAGUAAAAUAUACCGUUAUUUUACGUGUAUGUUUGUUAUAGCGUCGCCAAAAGUGCUCUUUAUAAGUGCCUCUCACAAAAGAUCCUGGAUAAAGGAGGAAAAAGAAACUAUUAAAUUGUUACAUGAUGCUCCUUGUAAAGGUAUCAAUCAAUGUACUGCUAAGGUAUUAAUGACAAGGAUUUGAUGCUAUUUCUGUUGUAAAUAUAAAUUUUGCAUAUCAUAGCUAUCAAAGUGUGUUCUGGUUUAGAUUUUAUAUUCUCUACUUGAGCAGAAUUCUUCUUCUGCAUUGGUUUUUAAGUUCCGUCAAAACUUAAGGAACUUUCUGUGUGUCAUCAAAGCUUUUGUAAAUCGUCUUUGGUAUUUGGUGACGUUCAGCCAUAACGUAAGGUGGUUUGUGUUGUGGGUGUGGCGGACGACUGGGACACAGAGCACUCACACCCCACGUGGGAACCAUGCCUUUCACAGGCCACAUCCAGAGACUCAUACGUGGCUCUUGUGCUAAAGGUAAGUUUUAUUAUUAUAUUUACCUUGUUUUUAAAAGCCCGUUUAUUCAUUUCUAGUAAUGAACCGGAAGUUACAGAAGUAACCUUUUUCAAGACCUGGAGAAACCAUUUGUUUUUAUAUCAGCUUUAAUCUAGUUUUAAGGUUUAGGUCAAUAAAAUGUCCUUAUAUUAUUUACUGGGCUAAAUAUAAUGUACAGGCAGUAAUUUAAAACUUGGAACCUGGUAAAACUCCUGUCUGUGGCACAUUUUACUUUAAGUGACUCACUUUGAUUACUAUAGUCUUCCCUUCCCACCCCCUAAAAAUUAUAUUUUGAAAUAAUAGAAGGUGCAAUUCAAAUAGAACUUAAGACUUGUAGGAACUUUUAAACACAGGGCUUAGGGAGACUGUAGCCAUGAGCGAGCCUUUGAGACCCACUGAGAGUUGCAGAUUCAUUAAAGUACUGUAAUGACCGUACCCUGAAUCAGUGGUUCUCAGAAUGCAGUCUGGACCAGCAGCUUCAGCGACAUCUGGGAACAUGUCAGAACUGGAAAUUCUCGAGUCCCACACCAGGCUGCUGAUGCAGAAACCCCUCCAGUGAUCUGUUUUUUACCAGGUCCUUCGGGUGACUCGGAUGGCUGCUGGAGUUCGAGAACCACAGCACUAGGUAGAACUAUGGGAACACUCCGCAUCUUACACUCAUGCUAUUUAAUUUCCGUUUGUUUCUGAGCCGUUGUUUGUUGGAAGGUUUUCUUAUUUUUCUCACUUGUAAUUUCAAAGGAGCGAUUAAAAAGUAU